CAUCGGACGAAAGUGUUUGGAAACGAUAACAUAUCUGUUGAAACAUAUGUACUUACAAAAAUAUCAAGUGAAAACCAUCAAAAUUGUGAGAAAGUCUUGGACAUCGACGUCGAAAUUAAAUCCAGUGCUUAACUUCGUAAGAGGAGAUCAGGGGAUCGAAGAAUUGGCAGAUCAAAGUCAACGGAAAUCAAAUCGAAAACCCAAAUUUGAGCUUACCCUCAUCUGAAUUGAACUUUAAAGCAACUAGCAAGUAUUAAUAUAUUACAGUUAAUCACUUUAACUAAUCAAAUUAUUGGUGUGACUAUCAUAUUUAAUCUCAAAGCUAUAUACUGUAAGUUAAGCCGAUCUCUGUGAUCGGGAUCAUUAUAUACAAAUACUUUUAAAAUUUUAUGCAAACUUAUUCAAAAAAAAAAACAAAAAACAUUCUUUAUAUAAAAUAACGUAUUGUAGAAUUAAAUCAACGUAAUUAAAAGUAUUGAGCCUAUCACGAUCGCUGUCUAUACAAAUCAAAAUUUUAAACAAUUGAACAAGAGAUCAUCUGUUUCUAAACUCACAAUCAUAACAACAUAAUCUUAACAAAUCCAGUUGAGAAAAGCUAUUGAAAGUACGCUGAUUACAAAAAAAACAUAAUAUUUAAGAAAAAGACAACUAUUUAAAUGUAAUUAUCAAUUCACAUUUACCCUACAAAACUGUUGAUAUCAAUGAGAAAUCCGAGAAGAACUUAAAAUGCAUCCCAUACUUGAUCGCUACUACGGCGAAAAAUUUCGAAUCAAGUUCAUAACCAGAUAUUUGAUAGAGCUCAUUCGAUUGAGAAAGAUAAACAAGAAAAAUUCGAAAAUAUCGGAGAAGGAAUAAAAAGUUUGAAGCGAUCUUUUAUCACAAGGAAUCACAAAACGAGAUCUUAAAGAUCUGAAGAUAUAUUGAACCUGAAAAUAUAAAAUUGAGGAAAGAAACCCCUCUUGGCGCAACUAGAAAAUACCGGCUAAAAGGAACUUCAUAAGAGAUCUUUGAUCUCUAUAAAAUCAAACUGAAAAUUAAAUUGAGUUAAGAACUCUCAAGCCAAAAACUUAAUCGUUACUCCAUAUUUUAAAUCGAGUUCGGGUUUUUAAAUCGCGAUCGCGUAUUGAAGUUGAACCUUGAAUUUGAGGCCAAAUACAGCCAUUAUGAGGGCCCAGAAAGGCGAAGGACAUGUGAUCUAAGGACCUCGCAACUCACAGAAAAUAGAAAAAAAGUGCAAGAGAGUGAGAAAAGAAUAUUGAAGAUUUGUGAAGGAGAAGAGUGGUUGAGGAGGAGCCAUGGAUACCAAGUUGGAGGCUCGUGGCCAGUUCCCGGCCUCGUUUCCAGACACGUUUAAGAACUUCUUUGCCAUGAUGAACGAAGACGAGGAUCAUGUGGGGCUGUUUGCCAAUCUGCUGGAGGAUAAGGUGAUUCCGCGCCAAAACAGCCCCGUGCAGCCCCAGCGGCAGCGGUACGGCGGCAGCAUGCGGAGUCACAGUGGCGGCGACCGAAGGGGUCGCGCCGAGCGGCAGUUUCAGCAGCAGCUCCAGAACCAGCAGCAACAACAGCAGCAGAAUGCCCAACAGCAGCGGGUCUUUCAGCCGCGAGGUCGCAGUGGCAGCGGCAGCAGCGUUGACCUCUACGCCGCCCGAAAUGUAAGUUUCACCAACAACACCAGCAGCAACAGGGUCAACUCGCUGCGUAGGAAUCGCUCGCGAGGAUCGCUGACCCUAAGCAGCAAUGGGCUAAAUGCUUUGGGCUUGGGACCCGUGACCCUGGCCCCGAAUGUCAGUUCGAGCAGCAGUGGCAGUGUCGUCGAUUUGACUCUGCCACCAGGCAUUGCUAUUGGUGAUGCUGGAGGAGGAGGAGGAGCAGGAGGAGGAGGAGCAGGAGGCAGUACCUCGAAUAUCUAUGCUUCGCCCUCCAAGUCGAACCUCAAGUCCUCUUUGAAGCAAACCAGUUCGACGGCGCAUCGCGGUUGCCCCCUUUAUCUCGGAGCCGAUGAUGGCCUCCAGCAUCUUCAGCAGCAACUCAAGAAUCAGCAAUUGUCCUCUGGCCACAAGCCAGUAUGUGUGUCCUGUUGCGAGUGCGUGCGCGGCAAUGGCAAAUCCCCACGUCCCGGGCCCGAUGGCGAGGACAACGGUGGGGCGAACUAUCUGAAGGGGUAUGCCGCCGGGUACUUGAUACCGCCCACACCCAAGGGAAAGAACCUCGACAGGUCGAGCACCUUGACUUCCGCCGAGUUGGCGGCCUCGAAGAACAAGGAUCUGCAGGAGCGUCAGGAGCGGCAGGAGAAACGCGGAUCGGUCAUCCUCGAAAGGGCCUUCGAUUUCGACGCCAGCUGCGACGAGAGCGACAGCCUGAGCAGCAGCACCCAGAACCCGGUGCCCUCGCCGGCUCCCCACCAGCUGGCCUACAAUGUGCUCAAGCCGAUCCUCAAGCAGCCGCAGCAGCCGCAGCCACAGCAGAUGGUAAUGUUGCAACAGGUAAAUCCGGUGGAGUAUCAACAUGUGAUUCAUCAGCAACACCAGGGAAUGGUCCACCAGCAACAGCAGCAGCAGCAGCAGCAGCAUCAGGGAGGCUGCCCACAGCUGCAGCACCAGGUGGUGGUUACCCAUCAGCAGCAUCCGCAACUGUUGAGUCACCAGCAGCAACAUCCGCAUCAGCAGAUAAUCCAUCAGCAGCAACACCAAAUGGUGACCUAUCAGCAGCAACACCCCCAACCGCAUCAGCACCCACAGGUGGGCCACCAGCAGCCGCCCAUGAAGCAGGUGCAGCUGGCGCCGGCUCCGCCAUCUGGCGGCCAUGUGGUGCACCGCCUGCUGCCCACACCGCCCACACACAGUGGCCUGGGGGCGUUCCACACCAGGGAGGCGGCCCUGCAGAGGGUGCAGCAGCAGAGCGGCUACUAUAACCAAGGACCCAGCACCUCGGCCUCGGCCUACGGCUACAACCUGUCCAUGGAGCAUCCACAGCAGCAGCAGCAGCAGCAGCAUUCACAUCAGGCGAUGCAGCAGCACCAGACGCUGCAACAGCACCAGAUGAUGCAGCAGCUGCAGCCGAUGCAACAGCAGCAGCAGUUGCAGUUCGAGCAGCAUCAGCAGUACGCCGACGACACCGAGCUGGACUACGAUACAGAGUGGGAGUUGGACGAGGAACCUGCUCCUCAGAUGGAUCCACCACUCACCACCUUCAAUGAUUUCGUCAACGCAGCCCAGAAUCCAACUGGCAGUCGUCAGAGUCUCCGGGCCCAGAAGUCCCCGAUUUUGAAUAGACGUCGCGCCUCAUCGAUAGCUGGAAACUUACUGCACUCGGACUAUACGUACACCAGGAAUAGCAUCGGCGGUGCUCCGAUUGACCCCAACGAUUUUCAGCGGAUUGCGCAGAGCAGCAGCGCCAGGGAUCGCAUGUCAAUGGCCGGAGUUCUGACCUUCCAGCAGGCCAUGUCCGGAGCGGUGUCACCGCAAUACGGCACUGUGGGUUCGCUGAACCCCCAGGCUUCCGGUUCCGGUGAGAAGAAGCCGGGUAUGGUCGGGGCCGAGGCCAUGGGAGGAGGUGGUCUACCUGGCGGAUCGGCAAACAACAUCAACUUGACCGUGGGCUUGGGGUUUCUCGGUGGAUCAAGCACCACCUUAGCUGCUGUCGCCGAGGUGACUAGUGGCCCGGAUGGCAAUGGCGACUCCACGGAGUCCCCCUCGCCGGUCUCCAUGAUCCCCAGCAAGGAGCAGCAGAAGCAGCAGCAACUCCUUCACUUGCAGCAGGAGCAGCAGCAGUUGCCCACCCACUUGCCCAUGCUGCGGGAGCGGGGCGUGGGCGAAUCCUCGGGAGCCAGUACAUCGGGCACCGCCAUCGCCGACCUAGCCGCCUCCGUGGUCCUGGCCUCCCAAUCCGGAAAGCCCAUGACAGAGCGACAGCGCUUGAGGACCUCCAGCAUGCCGGCAGAAAGCCGCAGGCCCCGCUUGGCUGAGAUGCGUCGCUCGGCCAUCCAUGCCGGCGAUCUGGACAUGACCUACUACCGUCUGCGCAGCUUCAGCAUCACAUCGCAUGGCAUCUGCAACUUGGGCGACUCCCUAAGAAGUCGCAGGUCACGUUCGAUCAAUUCCGUGACUUCCACGGGCACUUCAAACAGCGGCGUGGAUCGACACAAUAGCAACGCAUCUGGGGCAUCCGGCGAAGUCAUCGACGGGGAUCCAAAUGUUCCGGCCUACAAAAUUGCCAUGCUCGGUGGCUCCGGAGUGGGCAAAACCACCCUGACCUACCAGUUCACCACUUCCGAUUACAUAUGCGCGUAUGACCUGAGUCUUGAUGAUGAUUAUGGACAGAAGACGGUAUCGGUGCUAGUCGAUAACAUUGAAACGGAUUUGGAAAUUAUUGAUCAUCCCGCAUGCGAGAUGUCGACGGAGGCCUUCUGUGCCACAUACAACAUCGACCUCUUCGUGGUGGUCUAUUCUGUUAUAGAUCGGAAUACUUUCGCAGCAGCCGAGCGGGUCUUGCAGUACCUCAAGGAGAACGAGAUGCUCUUGUCCCGUGGAGCUAUCCUGGUGGCCAACAAAACCGACUUGCAGAGGCACCGCGUGGUUACGCGGCAGAUGGGCCGCAAGGUGGCGAAGGAUAUAGCGUGCAAAUUCAUCGAGACUUCAUCUGGCUUGGAUCACAAUGUGGACGAGUUGCUCGUCGGGAUAGUGGCUCAGGUGAAGCUCAAUCCUCAGCGGCUGCGAUUGCUGACGGAGCAAGAGCUGCAGCGCCUGAACCUGCAGACAACAAUCCAGAAGCACCGUGGUAUGCACCUGCAGACGCGGCGUAUGGUGCGCCAGAUGAGCAUGUGCCAGGGCGACGACGAGAUCUUCAAUGGCGGAUUGCCGGAGCGAUUGCAGAACGGCGACGGCGGCGACGACGUGCCGCCCAGGGUGCCUAGCACCUCGAGGGCAGCCCGGUCGCGAAUCGAGAACCCCAACCGCAAACCCCUGAACCUGGAGAGCAUACUGAAAAUGGGCGAGAGCGAGGUGGACGAGGAGGUGGACCCGGUGGAUCCGGCGACCAAGUCAUCGCAGCUGAGCAGAUUCAAUAUGCUCGCGGCCACUUUACGUCAUCGGCGUCCAUUUCGCAAGCGUCGCUCGUUCGACGGCGGCGCUUCCACAUCUGCGGCAGCGGAUGCCGCCGCCGAGCUGCAGCGACGCUACCAGCUCCGGGCGAUGGAUGAUUUGCAGCUGGAGGGACGAUUGGCGGCGGAGGAUCGGUUUGGGGGCAGGCGGCUCGGUGUGGCCGACAGCGACGAUGAGGAUGAGGAGGAGCUGGAGGGUGCCGAGGAUGGCGAGGGAGGAGCAGGCGGUGGAGCGGAAGGAGGGCUAGGAGGAGUGGAUGAUGGACGACGGAAUACGUGCAACCGCAAGGUGGUCAAGAAACUGACCGCCCGCACCAAGGUAUUCAUCUCGUCGGUGCUGCGCUUCAAGAAAUCCAUCAGCCUCAAGCGGCGCAACUCCUCCAGCUGCAGCGAUCUCUUCGUGAUCUAAGCAGCUCUAGGAGAUAGCAUAGGGAGUAAAGGAAGUAUAGACUGAAUGUACAUAGAAGGAAUAUAGUGGGAGUAGCACCGGGAGGGAAUAGGAAUAGCAGUAGGAGAUCCAGAGAUUAAGAGACCCAGAGAUUAAGCAGUGUAAAAACGAGGUGGAGUCGAACACGGAAGUGCAGGCGGUGCAGUGCAGUGCAGUCCAGCUUGUGAGGAAGUUUUCCAGUUCCAAAUUCCACAGAAGAAAAUAAUACAGGGACAUCACAUCAUCCGUUUUAAAAGGUCAGCGGACAAUUGCAGAGUUAGACCCCCAUUUUUUCAUUAUUUAGAAGUCAACUGCAAUUGGCAACGCAAAAGCAGACCGAAUUUAAUUGAAAAGCAAAACCUAAGGCCUAAGAAAUCUCCGGAAAUUUCAAAUCACUUUAAAGGGUGUCCAAAAGUAUGCUGUAAAAAAAAUAAAGCAUUAUCUUUUGGUGGUUAUAUCUAUGACUGAUGGAUAAAUGUAACAUAUAAUCUUACAAAUGUUUAGCAUACUUGUGGUAUCAUUAAAAGGCGAUUUGAAACCUCUGGAAAUUUCUGAAAGACUAACUUAUACAAAAAACAAUAGAUUGAAAAGCAGAAACUAAGGCCGGAGAAUUUCUGGGAAUUUAAAAUCACUUUAAAGGCUUAAUAGUAUGCUGUAAAAGAUAAAAAGUUGUCGUUCGGUGGUUAAUCUUUUAACUGUCGAAUAAAUUAUAAUAUAUAAUUUUACAAAGUGAAGCAUACUUUUGGUAGUACUAAAAAGUGAUUUCAAGUUUCCGAAAAUUUCUGCGAAGCCAACUUACAAAAAUAUAUACACAAAAAAACGCAGUAAAUGCGGACAAUAAUUUUCUUGAAAAAAUAUUGAUCAGAAAGUUUUACAAAAUUGAAAAUCUAAAAAAAAGAAGAGGGCAACCGUUUUAUGCGAGUAAAAACCGAAUUUUAUCAACCAAAAAGAUAUAAUAAACCAAAAACCAAUUCUGCGGUUUUUUUCAUAUGGCACAUAUAUACUUAACCCCCGCAAAGGCAAAAUAUAAAAGGAUACAUAACCCAAAGACUUAAAUUCAUUUUGUCAUUUCGGUUUUUUUUUGUUGAGGUUUCUUGUUGUUAUUAAACGCGCGGUUUCCGGUGAGUUUCAGACAUUAAAGGAAUGGACUUUACAGCGUGCUACAUAUGGGAUGGAUAAACAUGACAAGAUUGCAAACCAAAAAAACGUGCAAAAAUGAAAAAUCACAAAAAACUGACAAAGACAAAGGAUAUACAAAAAGAAAAUGAUGGAAAAAAAAAACAAAUCAAACAAAAGAGCAGUGCGAAUUUGUCCACGCCUUUGCAAACUUCACAAACUAUUUUAUGGUGGGCACGCUUUUUAAUGGAACUCGAUUUCAUUGUGCCAACGGUCCAGCUUUUUUGCUCAAAUAAAAAAGACAACCUUUUACUAUACAGGAAUACUUUAAAAUUUUUUUGACAUUUACAUUUCUUGAUGAUAGUCCUAUAGUUGGUUCUUUAUCUAACCUUGCAUUACCAAUGCAGGCCCAGAUAUAUUUCCAAAAUUUGUACUUACUAUACAAGUAUUGUGAGGGCUUUUCGUAAAACCCGCUGCUCGAGAGGCUUUUGCUGAACUACGAUAAACUGAAAACAAAAUGGAAAAACAGAGAAUUUUUUUUGCGUGAAUUUGGAAAAAAGAAUAGUCAUGUAAGCAUUUUACACAUCUAAAUGUCUUGUGAAAAUGAAAAUAGAAAAUACACCAGCACGAACACAAAAUACAGGGUAAAAGCCGAAAAGGGAUGAUAAUUUUCAGAGGUCAGGUCAGGUCAGCCCGAGAAGGCAAAUGUCUGGAAUCCUAAAUAUUAGAAAUCAUAUGUAUACCAUAAGGAAAAAAAAAACUAUAGGCAAAAAACAUUUCUGAAAAGGCAAAUAAAGGCUUACAAUGAAACAUUUAAAAGAAAAUCGAGAGGAAAAACAACUUGUAUUGCCACAAAUGACGCCCGAUCAGGGACUGACCUGCGGUUGGUUGCAUACUACACACAUAUUAAUCAAUAUUAAACAACUUAUCAAUGUAAUGCGAUAUCAGACAAAAAAGAGCAACUACGUAUAUCAAAUAAAAUCAAUGUUGAAAUAGUUUAAGGGAAAAAGUACAUCCAAGCCCUCUUAGUUUCCCCGUCCCCUACCCCUUUUUUUUCAAUUCCGCCGGUCGAUGGGACUCAAGGCAGUCGAGCAAAAACCUUAAUGAGCUUAGGCAAAGCCUGCAAUACUGUCUCGAAAUGGAACAGGCCCUGAAAAUAUGGAUGCAGAUGGCUGCUCGGCUCGAGGAGAUUUCCCAGAAGCCCCCCACAUAUCAUAAACUAAUACAAAUUACACUGGCAACGGAUGAAAAAGGUACUCUAGCCGGGGGAUUUUCAAGAAAACGGCCAGGAUUGAGCACACAGCGGGUUUUCUAUAUCGUAAUGCCAUAUACAAAAUGGCACAAUAAUUAUUUAAACAUUUUGAAAUUAACAAUGUGAUUUAUGCUUUGACAAUUUUCAUUUUGAUAAGCGAGAUACAAGCGUUUAAUUCCUCAUUUUCGCUUCAGUACCGCAUAAGUACACUUAGGUUGUUUUUUUCUUUUGGUAACCGAAUUACGCCAAGGUAGUUAGAACCAAGUAGGGUUUAUAUGGGCACCGGGGAAGACGGGUUAAAAUAACCGAAACAAGAGAGAACAAAGAAUGGGUCUAGAGUCUCCACAUUACUUUGGGCUGUAUGCACAAGCGACGGCACAAAAAAGUCUUUGGCACACAGAAUCAACAAAUAAAAAACGAAAAACUUAAACAAAUUGAAAAAAUGAACACACUCGCCCAUAUAACACACAGAGAGACACCAACACACUCACAGUACUCCCCCCGCACACCAUCACGUCAAACAAUUGAAAAAUAUGGAAAAUGCAGGCAAUGAAUGGAAAAACGUAUUGCUCAAAACGAAAAGGCGUUGGAUGUAUUUAGGGGAAAAAGUGCUGGGUGAAAGGGAAGAGGUCUUGUUUGGCAUACCACCUACAUAUGUACGAGUAUGUGCAUUGUGCCAUCUCAAAGAUACUGGGCCAAACUCGACCAAGGCUUUCACAAAGAGGGUGAAACCUCAAAAUGGACAUGACAAAAUACAAGCGAACGGAACAACGAAUUGCGAUUUACCUACAGUGGAGAUUGGAAUUGGAGUGAAACGAUCAGAUAUUACACAACACUCACCAAUCAAUCCACAACUCGCCUACUUAAGUCAAAAAUGAAACCCUUUUCAACACUAUUCAUUGGGUGUGUUUGAAAUGUUAGUAUUUUAAAAAGCCUUUUCGAACACUGAAAUGUAUUGUAAAGUCAUUUGAUAAAUAUUUCAGUUUGAUGGUGCAGUUUUUAAUAACCUUUUGGUUUAAGAUGAACUAUUAUUUAAUUUUCCAAUUCCUAACACUUAUAUCAUUGUAAUAUAAAAUGAAUUUUAUGUAAGUAUUUACUAUAAUUUGUGGUAUUUUUUCGUAGGACAUUUUUGUAUUUUUACCUAUUAGAUUAUUUUUUCAAGUAUUUAAUACUAUAAUUUUAGACACAGUCACCACUAUAAACAAUAUAACGCGUACAACUCAGCUGAGAGUCCAGUAGAAUGAGUUUUGAAAAGGUAUUCAACUGAGGAAGGGUAGCAGGAACUGGACAUAAGGCUGGGUCGAGGGGACGGAACCUGAACACCUAAGGACCCGCAGACUUGGCAUUCUCACGGACAGGAAUCACUUCGGAACUUAACCCACUACCUACUACUUCAAAAUCGAGACUGAUUUUACUGCUCCCCCAAACAGCACUCGAACGAACUCUACACACAUCCCAGAUCGAGGAAAAACCCCAUCCAAGAACCUGAAUUUCCAUCUCCUGACCCAUUUCGCGAACACUACUAACACGAUCAUUUCAGAAUACAUUUACAAAUUGUAUAACCCAUCGGUUGGAUAGGGCUGGAUAAAACAACACAAAACGAGAACAACUAAUUGAAUACAAAUAUAUCUUAUACGAUUGUAUGUCCCUAUUAUACACAUAUGUAUACAAAGUAUUUACACACAAGUUUUACUCCUCGCUAUUUGAGUGCUAAGUUAAGUUAAACCAAUCUUUAUACGAAUUUCGGAAAAAAAGUUCAGCUGCAUUUUUAUGGGAACCCAUUUGACUAAUGGUGAACUUGUGAUGAUGCUUCAUUAACGCCUCUUACGCGAACGGAGAUUUAGUUGUAGCAAAGGGACUCCAGUUCCCCUUACCUAUCUAUCCCGCCCCCAUAUAGUUUGCUCUAGAAGCCCCCGCCCCAUUUUCACUCCGUUCGAUUGAAGUCACAUAUCAAGUGAAUAACAUCCAAAAAGAAUUCCCAUAAAAUGCCACUUUUUUGACUCACAAAAUUCCGUUUACAAAUCAAAAGAUACUGUAGCUUAUUUACUAUUUUACACGAGCAUAUAUACACACCUAUUAACCAACCAAUUUUUGAUGUACGUUAAACAUUUACGAUAUAUAUAAUAUGUGUAGAAAUCUCUAAUUGUAAUUGAUAACCAUAUUAGUGGCACACACAAAGGUAUACAAAGAACCCACAUUGAACGAUAUUUUGCUCUUCUCCCAGCAUAAAUUCCGAGUGAUUUCAAAGUUUCCGGGCAAAGCAAUCGAUUUGGGUGAGCAAAGGCAAUGACGGUUCCGCGUGUGAAAAACCACGAUUUAGUACGUAUGCACAUGGGCAUUUGUAAUUCAUCAAUUUUUUUGUGAAACCUUCAUUCAAUCAAAUUGAGUGGACACACACGAUAACGAUAAACAAAUAUUUUACUCUAUGUGUACAAUUUAAUUACAGCUUAUAUCUGC